AUGGAGGAAGACGACGAGACCCAGUCGCUGCAAUCUCCGGGAGAUUCCUUCUCACCAGCUCCUUCCUCUCCUCCGAUUUUGCCUACGAGCGACGUUACCGUGGCCUCUGUGACCAAACCCACGGUUUCCCCUCAACCUCCGUCUGGAAACGCGUUAGCCUUAGUCGUUCAUACUCCUUCCGUUACCGGUGGUGGAGCUAGCGGGAACAGAAACGGACGAAGCGGCGGAGUAAGCGUUGGCGGAGGCGGAGGGAGAGACGAUUGCUGGAGCGAGGAAGCGACGAAGGUUCUAAUCGACGCGUGGGGGGAUCGGUUCUCUGAGCCGGGGAAAGGAACUUUGAAGCAGCAGCAUUGGAAAGAAGUAGCUGAGAUCGUGAACGAGAGCCGUCAAUGCAAAUACCCCAAAACCGACAUCCAGUGCAAGAACAGGAUCGACACGGUGAAGAAGAAGUACAAACAGGAGAAGGCAAAGAUCGCUUCCGGCGAUGGACCUAGCAAAUGGGUAUUCUUCAAGAAGCUCGAGAGUUUGAUUGGAGGCAACAACGCUUCGAAAUCCUCCGAGAAGGCUCCAAUGGGAGUUCUACGUUCGAGUCAGUACAAGCGGCAAGCCAAAGGAGCGCAGAUUCUGCAGCAAGGGGAUUUGAAAAGAAGCUCUGAUUCAAUGCGGUGGCAUUUCAGGAAACGAAGCGCCUCUGAGACUGAGUCAGAGUCUGAUCCUGAGCCUGAUCCUUCUCCCGACUCAGCUGAGAGUCUGCCACCGCCACAACCGCUUCAGCCGCCGUCAUUUCAGCUGCCAAAGCGGUUGAAGGUGGAUAAUUCGGGAGGGAGUGGAGUUGGGGAAGUGGCCAAGGCGAUACUCGGGUUCACGGAAGCUUAUGAGAAGGCGGAAAGUGCCAAGCUUAAGCUAAUGCUGGAGCUGGAAAAGGAGAGGAUGAAGUUCGCUAAAGAGAUGGAAUUGCAGAGAAUGCAGUUCUUGAAAACUCAGUUGGAGAUAACGCAGAGCAAUCAAGAAGACGAGAGGAGCAGGCGAGGAGAAAGAAGGAUCGUUGAUGAUGAUGAUGAUGAUCGCAACAAUGUCAAGAACAAUGGCGAUGUAAGUAGCUGA